AUGGGCUCAUAUGAGCUGUCCACUCAUUCUGUGGCACCUCGUAAUCACCCGACACCCGAAAAGCGCACAAAAGUUGUGAAGAAGAGGAAACUUCUCGAUACUCGCAAGACUUCACAGCCGGGUCGCAAGUACAUGAAUGGGUUGAUGAAGGCCAUUUUUCCUGUUCACUCGGAUCUGAUGGAGAUCGCCAAAGCCAACUCCCUCCAGUCCCCUCUGCUCAAUCUUCCGGAGCAGAUUUGCAACAAGAUUUGGCAAUAUACUGCCGGCUAUCACCAGAUCGAUAUCCGUGAUUACUGGCCUACUCGAGGGGACAUUAGGCUCACACAUGUCAUGCUUCCUUUCAUAAAAGGCCCGAAUUCUUCGUCCAGCUUUGUCCCACUGACUUUCGCUAUACACAAAGUAUGCCGACAGAUGUAUGUUGAGACAUCAGCGAUUGGCUACCGGCUCAAUAAGUUCUGUUUCGACAACCUCGACACAUUCGGUCGAUGGAUUAAACCCCGUAUACUCGGACAGCGACGGCUCGUCAUCUCAGUGGACAUACCCGUUGGAUAUCGGGAUGGUUUUCGCAAACAUUUCCGCCAGACAUUCCCAAGUAUCUCUAGAGUGAGACUACAUCUGAAGAUGGCGGAAAUGAACCAGCGUGUGGUUCCUGACACUUGGAUCCAUAUAGUCCCUACCAAGAAGCCUCUCGAAGAUACCAAGAAGAGACUCGUCGAUGAAAUGAAGAAGAAAGAGGGUGAAGGCGUUGACGUGGAUUGGCACAAUAGUACUACCGAUUCUUUGACUUGUCUCCAUUACUGA